AUGGCUGAUUAUCAGCUCAUUGGUGAUGCUUUCGGGUAUCAUUCGGGCUACCCGCCGGCCAACUCGUCUCAGCAGAACGCGAGUCAGCCUGGGCAGCCGAACCUGGGCAUGCUGCCCGGCUCGGUGCCGCCCGGCCAGCAAUACCACUCGCUGCCCACGCCGAGGCCCGGCUACCCGCAGACGGACCCGCUCAUGUCCCACAAGAUGCACCCGGGCGCCUAUCCGGGCUAUCCGGGCACCGCAAUGCCUCCCUCCGCGGCGGCAGCGGCAUCCUCUGCCAUCAGGUCACAGUAUUCGCAGAACUCCGCCUACGGAAUGCCCCACACCUCGCCCAUGGACUCGUACGGCCUGUCGAUGGGUCAGCCACCGCCCCCUCCGCCACCUCACCUCGCUGCCAGCCAGUCGCUGGGCUCCGCCUACGGCCAGCACCAGAGUCUGAUGAGUCAGUAUCCCGGUCAACGAAUGCACACGCCCAGUCCGCUGCACGGCGCACCGCCGCGUCACCCCUCGAUGCCUUCGCAGUACGCCUCCACCUACGGCUCAACGGCGCAGACGGCCUCCUCCUACCACACCGGCGGCAGCUCGCAACAGCAGCAGCAGCAAUCGUCACUAAAGAAUGAUACUCAGCAGAUGUUCGACCACAGCAAGUCCUCUCGGUCCUCCGGAGGUCUGGGCGAGCCGGGCGAUCCGAUGGGCGGCAUGUCGCAGGGAGGGCAGUCGCAGAUGACGACGCUCAACUCGAACUCGUACCACUCGAUGAUGGGCGCCUACCCCGGUCAGCCGAUGUCCGCCUACUCCAGUCAGUCUCGGCACUUUGACCACCACUCUAUGUCGAGCCAGUACGGCGGCAUGUCCACUGAGCUUUCCAACGCCCCCUAUGACCACAGUGGCGUCGGCGGAGGUGACUCCUCCUCCAUGAUGCCCUACGACCCCUACAACAUCGACAACUCGCUGGGCAUUCCGCCCCACCAGAGCAUGUCCGAGUACCGGGAGUCGCAGGCGCAGAUGCAGUCAGGGGACGCCUUUGCCCAGAAUGACCCCUAUGCGGCCAACUUUGACGACUUUGAGACGACCACCGGCAAGCGGAAAGGCAAGGGUCGGCCGAAGAAGGACGCCAGCGCAGCGCCGCCCAAGAAGGAGCGCAAGCCCCGCCAGCCCAGAGCUCCCUCCACCCGGGGAACGGGGCGCGGUCGCGGCAGAGGCGCUAAGAACGCCGCCGUCGACCGAAUGCCGCCCGGAAUUCCCGGGAUGAUGGGCGACUACGGCGACGUCGCCUCCUCGGGAAUGCCCUACGGCAUGGGCCCGAUGGGCCACCCCUCCAGUGGACCACCUGACCCGAUGGACAUGUACGGCGACAUGUACGGUGGUGGUGGACCACCACCCGGCUCCAUGGGACCGGGGAAGAUGAUGCUCGGCGGAGGAGGUGGGCCACUCAGUGGUGGACUGCCGCCGUCGUCGAUGCCGCCGCUGCCGCUGUCGGUUGAUCCUCGAGACAAUAUGAUGGGCUCAAUGGGUGGCUCGCAGAACUCACUCGCCCCUUCAGUAUUAUCCCAGUCGCCAAUGUCCGAUAUGAUGUCACCCUACGGACAGCCCUCUUCAUCGCUCUCACAGCAGCAGCAGCAGCAGCAGCAAUCGUCUCAGCAGCUGUCACAACAACAACAACAACAACAACAACAACAACAGCAACAAAUAUCUCAGCAAUCACAGCUUCAACCACAACCGCCACCACCGCCACUACAUUCACCCGGUCAAAUGAUGGGCAACUCUCUUGCACCACCACAUCAGCCAAUGGUGCAGCAGCCAAUGACACCUCAGCAGCAGCAGCAGCAAUCACUGCAACAGACUUCGCCGUAUGACCCGAUGAGUGUCGUCCCACCACCACCACCGCAACCACUCAUGUCCGAGUCCACUUAUCCCAGCUACGUGCCCACGGAUAGUUUGUCCAGCAGUGAACAACAACAACCCCAGCAAACCCCACCUUCGCACUCGCAGCUACCACCACUCUCCAGCUCAUCCACUCCCUCCUCAUCGCUUUCAACGCCUCUUUGUGAUACCUCCAAGGACAUGCAGCCUCAGGAGCAGAGCCUGAGCAGGCCAACGUCAGUUGCAUCGAACUACGAUGACCACCGCUUCAGCACCAUGUCAGCAGCCACCUCCAAUGACUCUGCCGGGCCAGGUGUGCCCACGAUGGACCCUUCACUGGCAAAGACAACCGAACAACUGCAGCAACAGCACUCGAGCAGUCUUGUGCCUUCGAUGGGCAGUGGCAGCAAUCAGCUGACUACUACAGCAGUGUCUGCCGCCGUCGUCGAUGACAUUGACAUGUCAGAGGUGGAGAAGGUGCAGCAGCAGCAGUCAGGCAGUAAAAUGAGCUUCAACUCUUCUCUGGACAACAGCUGUCCACUACCGCCACCACCUCCUCCUCGGCCUCUAUCGUCGAUGGGUCAAUCGAUGGGCCCGUGCUUGCCGCCAAUGCCCCCAAUGAUGCCAUCUGAUCCAAUGUCCUCCAGUCUUGGAUACGGUCCCCCGCCUAGUGGCAUCAUGCCCAGCAACAGUCUUCAGAUGGGCCCACAGCUGGAGCCUUCUUCAGUGCCAAUGGAUAUCUGCUCCUCGGAGAUGAACAACUCAGAGAAGGUGAUGAAUAGCAGCGGCGGCAGCAGCAAUCACACCAACAGCUUUGACAUGGUCAAUCAGAUGCCCAUGGGAAGUCAGAUGCAGCAGCAGCAACCGCUGCCUCCGCCUCAUCACCUGAUGCCGCCCAUUGGCCCACCACCACCACCGAUCGACCCGUACAGCAGUGCGGGCUUCUACCCAACCGAUGACCAGAGCAUGGGCCAGCAGCUGCCCAACUUUGCCUCCUCAACUCCCAUUGCGGAGACGAAGGCAAAGAAGCCCAAGAAGAGGCGGUCAAAGAAGGGCGAGGAGCAGCCGUCAAUGGAGGCGUCAAUGGACAUUGCCGACAGCAGUGCAAUCAAAGAGGAGGCGACGGUCAGUGAGCAGCCUAAGCCAAAGAAGAAGCGCUCAAAGAAGGCGAAGGCAGUGGUAGAAGAGCCGCCACUGGAGAACUGCUCGUCAAUGUUCUCCGAUCUGACGGACGAUAAGACGCAGCUGUCCACCACCCUCGACUCUGAGGCGCCCUCGGCGGCGGCGGACACGCCGGCGAAGCCUAAGCGCAGCAAGAAGAAGGCUAAGCCAAAGGCACCGAAGGCGCCUGCCGUCCCACUGGACAGCACCGUGGAUAGUGAUUUGAAUGCCACCAUCGAUGAUGUGACGGCCGAUCUGAACGGCGACGCGGGCAGUCUCAUUGAGGCGCCCGCCGCUGAGCCGGAGAAGCCAAAGAAGCCCAAGGUGAAGAGCAAGUCGCCGAAGAAGAAGAUGCCCAAGCUGGCGCUGAAGCUAAAGUCGAACAAGAAGCGCAGACGGGGCUUCGGCUCGCCGGACAACUCGGACAUUGAGCGGACACCGCCGCCGUCGCCGCUGCCUGAGGACGAUCACAAUAAGCGCCGAUCGGCUCGCAACACCAAACGCCAACGGUACAAUGACGAAAUUGAGAUUGACCUCUCCGAUGAGGACUUCAUGGAGAAGAAAAAGGGCGACGACAACAAUGUGGUGAGCAAUGUGACGCUCACCGAGGACACCAUGGUCGUCGAGAAGAUUCUCUCCAGCCGAAUGGGCAAACGAGAGCUGGAGAUUGAACCGGAGCCGACGCCUCCGCCGGUACCAGCAGCAAAAACAGCAGAAAGUGGAGCUGAAGGUGGAGCUGAAAGCGAGGAAAAAGCAAAGGAAAACGGAACCACAACGCCGGCACCCCCUCCUACUGAGCCUGAGCCGGUCUUUAUCGAUGUGGAGGAGUUUUACGUCAAGUACAAGAACCUGUCGUACCUCCACUGCGACUGGAAGACCGAGGAAGAGCUGGAGAAGGGUGACCGCCGAAUAUCUCAAAAGAUCAAGCGAUACCGACAGAAGAAGGACAUCAAUGUUUUUGACUUUCUCGAUGAGGAGGCCUUCAAUCCGGACUACAUUGAAGUGGACCGUGUACUGGAUGUCAAUGAAAUUGAGGAAAAGAAGAAGACCCGAAUUGUGCGGCACUUUCUCGUCAAGUGGCGCGGUCUCUCCUACGAGGAGAGCACCUGGGAGCUGGAGGACGACAUUGAGCCGGCAAAGAUUCAGCACUUCUACAAGUUCCGCAAUCCUCCGCCGCGAAGCGAGUGGAAGAUCAAGAAGCGCCCAAAGGCGUCUGAAUGGAAAAAGCUGGACGCAUCGCCGGUGUACAAAAACGGAAAUACACUCCGCGAGUACCAGCUUGAAGGUGUCAACUGGCUUAGCUUUUGCUGGCACAAUGGACAAAACUGCAUUCUCGCCGAUGAGAUGGGUCUGGGCAAGACCAUUCAGUCGAUUACCUUUGUUCAGGCAAUGGUCGACUACGGUGUUCCCUACCCGUACCUCAUCAUCGUGCCGCUGUCCACCAUUGGCAACUGGCAACGCGAGUUUGAAACUUGGACUGAUCUCAACGUGGUCACCUAUCACGGAAGUUCACCAAGUCGCAACAUGCUCCAGGAGUACGAGCUGUACUACAAGAACGAAAAGAACGAGCGCAUUCCCAAUGUGUACAAGUUUCAGGUGAUGAUCACCACCUUUGAGGUCAUCCUCAGCGACUGCCUCGAACUGAGCAGUAUGAAGUGGGUGGCUUGCAUCAUCGACGAGGCGCAUCGCCUGAAGAACCGAAACUGCAAACUGCUCGAGGGCCUUCGCAUGCUGAACAUUGAACACAGAGUUCUGCUGUCGGGCACACCGCUGCAGAACAAUGUCGAGGAGCUGUACAGUUUGCUGCACUUUCUCGAGCCCACACAGUUUGCCUCUAAUGACAACUUUUUGGCCGAGUUUGGCGACCUCAAAACAGAAGCUCAGGUGGACAAGCUGAAGGCAAUUCUGAAGCCGAUGAUGCUUCGUCGACUGAAAGAGGACGUCGAGAAGUCACUUGCCCCUAAGGAGGAAACUAUUAUUGAGGUUGAACUGACCAACGUUCAGAAGAAGUACUACCGCGCCAUUUUGGAGCGAAACUUUGCCUUCCUCAGCAAGGGCGGCACCUAUGCGAACAUGCCCAAUCUAAUGAACACGGUGAUGGAGCUGCGCAAGUGCUGCAUCCACCCCUUCCUCAUCAACGGCGCCGAGGAGCAGAUCAUUCAGGAGUACCGACAGCAGCACGUCGACGAUGGCACCCUCUCCGCCAUCAUCCAGGCCUCUGGCAAGCUGGUGCUCAUUGACAAGCUGCUGCCGCGGCUGAAGGAGAACGGCCACCGGGUGCUCAUCUUUUCGCAGAUGGUCCGCUGUCUGGACAUUCUCGAGGACUACCUCUGCCAGAAGCGGUACCCCUUUGAGCGCAUUGACGGUCGCGUCCGCGGGAACCUUCGCCAGGCGGCCAUUGACCGCUUCAGCAAGCCCGACUCUGACCGCUUUGUCUUUCUCCUCUGCACCCGAGCCGGCGGUCUGGGCAUCAACCUGACGGCUGCCGACACUGUCAUCAUUUUCGACUCGGACUGGAAUCCGCAGAAUGACCUGCAGGCGCAGGCUCGUUGCCAUCGAAUCGGCCAGAAGAAGUCGGUCAAGGUGUACCGGCUAAUUUGUCGAAACACCUACGAGCGGGAGAUGUUUGACCGAGCCAGUCUGAAGCUAGGCCUCGACAAGGCGGUGCUCCAGUCGAUCAAUGCACAGCGGCCAAAUCUGGGUGACAAUCAGAUGUCAAAGAAGGAGAUUGAAGAUCUACUGCGAAAGGGCGCCUACGGUGCACUGAUGGACGACGACAAUGCCGGCGAUAAGUUCUGCGAGGAAGACAUUGACAUUAUCCUCCAGCGACGAACGCGAAAAAUUAUCAUUGAGAGCGAAGGCAAGGGCGGCUCCUUCUCGAAGGCCUCCUUUGCCACCUCGGACAAUCGCACUGACAUUGAAAUUGACGAUCCAAACUUCUGGGAGAAGUGGGCGAAGAAGGCCAACUUUGACCUGGACGAGCUGAAGAAUCGAAACGAGCUAAUUGUGCAGGAGCCACGGCGACGGACGCAGACGAAGCGCUUUGGCGCUGAUGACGCAAUGCUGGACAUUACCGACCUGGAGACGUCCACCGACGACGAGGAGGCGUCCAUCUCGACGAGAACUCGCGGCAGCCGCAAUCGACCACUGAAUGGCAAGGGCAAACGCAGAAAGGGUCGUCCGUAUGACUUUGAAGAUGACGGCGACUAUGCACAGGAGGUGGGCUUUGGCUGGACGCGCUGGGAGUUUUUCCGCGUGGAGAAGGCACUGCUCACCUAUGGCUGGGGCCGCUGGGACGAGUGUCUGAAGGUGGCCAACUUUAAGCGCGACCUCCACGAGCAGGACGUCGAGGACAUCUCGCGCAUUGUGCUGCUCUUUUCACUGCAGAACUACAAGGGCGAUGAGAAGGUGAAGUCGUACGUUCUGGAGCUGAUCACCCCUCCCUCGGAGAGGGGCGCCAACAACAGCGAGUCGGAUGUGAGCAAGUCGCUGGAGAUGUCCGGCGGAUGCCUUGAUGCAGGCGCUCUUGAUGGUGGAGGAGGCGGACGACGCGGAAAGAAAUCGAAAAUUCCCACCAAAUCUGUCGGCGAAGAGCUGGAGACGCUUGACUGGGCGAAGAAUGACAAGUACAAUCCUGAGGUGCACCUCUCGGAGGAGUAUCGCAAGCACCUGCUUCGACACGCUAACAAGCUUCUACUGCGCGUUCGCCUGUUGACCUUCAUCAAGAAUGAGAUUGUCGGCGACCUGCACGACAAGAUUAUGAGCUCGUGCAAUGUGCGCGAGAUUGGCAUUGCCUGCUUCCCACCGGACACCGAUCCGCCGGUCAACUGGUGGGACGAGGAGGCGGACAAGUCGCUGGUGAUUGGUGUGUACAAGCACGGCUAUGACCGCUUCAAUUUGAUGCGCACCGAUGCCUCGCUCUGCUUCCUCGCUCGCUGCGGUCCACCCGACGGCGCCGCCCUGCUCGCCGAAUUGUCCACCGAGUUUGACGAGGGCAAGACGCUGGAGGAGGACGAACCGGACACGCCGGCGACGCCUGCCACUCCGCAGGUGGAGCUCAAGGAGGAAAAGACUGGUGCCCUCAAGGGAGGUGAGGAGGAUGGCAAGUUGUACCUGCCCUUCCCCAAUGGACCGGAGCUGAACAACCGCCUGAGGCGACUGGUCACCUCAUAUCAGCGAAACUUUAAGAAGGAGGAGGCGCGAAUCGCCCAGAAGGCUCGUCACCAGCAGCGAAUUGAACGCAUUGAGAAGUUUGAGGCAGUGAUGCGGGCUCGGGAGAUGAAGAAGCGAGAACAGGCGCAAUUUGCUAAUUUAAAAUCUUUUUUUUUGUUUUUUUACAGAAAAUGGUCUCGUCGAGAGGAGGCCGACUUCUACCGAAUCGUCUCCUCCUUUGGCGUGGACUACCACCGCAAGACGGAGACGUUUGACUGGGGCCGAUUCCGAAUGUACGCCAAGCUGGAGCGGAAGCUGGACGAGACGCUUACCGAGUACUUUAAGGCAUUCUAUGCCAUGUGCAAGAAGGUGGUCGGCAGACACCUGACUGAAGACGAGGAGAAUCUGCCCAUCAGCGUCGAUCCGAUCACCGAGGAGAAGGCCAACCGCUGUCUGGCUCGAAUUGACCUGCUUUCUAAAGUUCGCGAGGAGAUCAUCUUCCACCCGGAGCUGGAUGAGCGAAUGAAGCUCUGCCAGUCGCAGCUGGACCUGCCUGACUGGUGGGUUUGCGGCAAGCACGACAAAGAUCUUCUUCUCGGCGUGGCCAAGUACGGCUUCUUCCGGCUCGACUUCAACCUCAUGAACGAUCCAGAGCUCUCCUUUAUGGAGGUGGUUCGCAGCUAUGAAGUUCCAGCCCCGCUUGAUGGUUCUCUACUAGGUCGAAAGGAUCAAUCGUGCAUCGAUGUAGAGACUGAAGGUGAAAUCAAGUCGCUUUUGAGCUCUCUCAUUGAUCAGGUCGAGUCACAGCUGACUGAGGUGAAACUCAAAAACGGAGAUGAAAAGGAGAAGGAAAUGGAAGCGCCGUCAGUGGCGAAAGAAAACGGUGAAGAAAAGAUGGAUGUUGACGAAGUUGAAGCUGACAAGGAAAAGGACUCGAUAGAAACAUCUGCCGAUGAGAAGCCGUCAAAGCAGGUCUCUGAGUCGAGUGACACUAAAGCUGGAAAAGAGAAUGCUGCUGCCCUGGAGGUGAAGAAGGGCGAGGAUGAGUCAGCGGCAGCUGAAGAGAUGACCGCAGCGGUGGAAACUACUGACAAGCCACUGACCAACGGUGACAGCAGCAGUGUCUACGAGGAGUCAAAGGAGAAUGCGCUGCCCGGCUCAGCGGUAGUGAAGCCCCCCACCGACACACUGCAGUUUGCGGCUGCCGCUGCCAAGGCCAAGUCGGGCGGUGGUGCCGCCGGCGGCGGUCUUGACCAGCAGCAGCAAGGAGGCUCGAAACAGGCGGGUGGUAGUGGUCUCUCCGGGCCACCACCAGCUCACCAGAGCUCAUCAUCGCGCAACUCACAUCCGCUCAGCUCGCUCGACCUGACGUCCAAGUUCAAGAACGCCUCGGCCAAUUCGGUGCUGGAGAAGGCGGCCCUUUCUGCGGCCACUGCGGCAGCAGCAGCCGCCGCCGGUCGCUCCAGUCUGCCCUAUCCGGCGCACAGCAAGCAGAUGAACAAGAGCCUUCUCUCCGACAAGGUGGACGUGCUUGACUUGAGUUCGAUGAGCAGUGGCACUGGGGCCGGCUCGGCGAAGGACCCCAAGGCAGCGCUGUCCAACUUUCUCAGUCAGAACUUCCAGAAGAGCUCCAGUCUGCUAGCGGCCGCACAGCAGGCGCAGAGCAACAUGCAGGCGGCUGCUCAGGCGGCGGCGGCACAGGCAGCGGCGGCACAGGCUGCGGCAGCGACGCCCACCGGUGGCCGAAAGGGCAAGGGCAGAGGGGGCAUGCGCAUUGACCAGCUGGCGCUGAACUUGCACGCGAAGAAGAUGCAGCAGGAGACGCCCGACUCGAUGCCGCAGACUGACACCACCUCCUCUCCGGUCAGCUUGCUGAACAAGUCACAGGCAGCGUCUGCUGCUGCCGCUGUCGCCGCAUCGGCGGCUCGAAUGAACAAGAGCAUGAACGAGAAGGACCUCCUGGCGGCGCUCUCCAACCUCGGCUCGGUCGACAAACGAUCCCACAUCUUUGAGGAGCUGGCCAAGCAGACAGCGCUGCACUCUGCAGUCAGCAAGAACUCAAAGGGCGGCGCUGGUAGUAUGAGUUCGGCCAAUUCAAUGGCUGCCGCCGCCUCCAGCGCUGCACUGGUGUUGAUGCAACAGCAACAACAGCAACACAAGAACGCCAAAGACCCAAACAAUUUUAUGCAGAAGAACUUUAAGAGCAUGCUGGAGGAGCAUCCCGAGCUGUUGACUGGCGGUGCCAAUGCAUCACUCAGCUCGCUUCUCGCUUCCAAUCCACUGCUUGGUCCGAACUCAUCCAACUUGGCGGCUUUCGCCUCGCCCAGUUCAAGUUCACAGGCCAAUGUUAUGGAUGCAAAGAAACAACCGAGUCGUUCAAGCAAGCGAUCUCGCGCUCAGUACUCUGAAUCGGCGAGCCCUAUGGAACAGUCAGAGUCGCCUGCUUCGAAGCGAGCAAUGCUCAGCGCUGUUUCAAAGGCUCAACUACCACCUUCUCUGGAUACAAAGAGCCCCAACUUUUCAAAGUACCUGUCAUCGCUGUUAGAUGCAAAGAAUGAGCCCAUCGAAGCAAAGAUCAAGAACUUAAUCAAUGACAAGUCGACCAACUUUAAGGAUUUUAAGACUCCGGUAUCAAUGCCAUCUAACACUGGCUCGAGUAGCUCCAUUCGAACAAGAACAAGCGACAAGCGAUCGGCCACUGCAACCGCCACAGCUUCUCCUUCAGCUUCCUCGAACAGUUUCAGCAAUUUGAACGCCUCCAAUCUGCUAAACAGCCUUUCUCAGGCGGCCGCUUCGAGCGCCUCAGCAAACAGCAAACAACAACAGCAGCAAUCGCAGGCUAACCUUCUCGCAGCCUAUGCGAACAUGGCUGCCAACUCAAACAAGUCCAGUACGGCAAAUCAGUUCUCCAACUCUGCGUCGCAGUUUGCCAAUCUCGGAUUUAAUCCCUCCAUGUUCAACGCCAAUGUCUUUCCCUCAAUGAAGGCGAUCAUCGAGGCGGCAUCUGCGGCUGCGGCUGCCAACGCAAAGAGCUCCUCUGCCUCAAACAGCAGCAGCACAUCAACGUCGACGACAUCGACGGCCUCCAAUUCGGCUGCCAACGCCGCCGCAGCUGCCGCCGCCUCUGCGUCCAUGUCCUCCUUUGCCAAUCUCUUUGGGGGCAUGAAUCCGCUGUUGAACUUCUCCAGUCUGGCCAACCUCGGACAGCUGGGACAACAGGGUGCAGGUGCUGCAGCCAAGAAGGCAGACGCCACUGGGGGCGUUGACUUUUCGGCCCUCUUUGCCAACGCCAAUCUGGCCGGUGCUGGUGAUGACAAGGCAAAGGCACAGGCGGCAAGUAAGGUUGCAGCAGCGCAGGCGGCCGCUCUGCAAGCUGCAGCGAAUGCGGCCAACUCGAAGGGCGGCAAUAAGAGUGGCCUGAAUCCGGCCGCUGCCGCCGCCAUGCUGGGCUCAUCUGGCCUGGCCGGAUCGUUGCCCUUCCUCUACUCGAACCCCAACUUUAAUCCCCUGUCAAUGUACAAUCCUCUGGGACAGUUUGGCAUGAACUCUCCCUUCCUCAGCAAUCCCAACAUCAUGAACGGCCUGGCCAACUUCUCCAACGUGUUCACCUCCACCACGCCGACCAUGUCCUCGACUAGCUCUAAUCCGCCAUCUCGCUCUUCGCGAACCUCCACCGCAGGCAGUAGAGCCAACACCAAACUGGCAUCGGCGACCAACGCCGGCAAGGGUGGCAGCAGCUCUACCGCCUCUUCAACCUCUGGCCUGUCACUCUCCAGUGGACUCUUGGCCACUGGAGCCAGUGGCAGUGGUGGUACUGCUGGCGGCGGCGGUGGUGGUGGUGGCUCAGGCUCCCCUGCCACCAAUGCUGGCAACUCAACCCUCGACUCUGAAGAUGAGAGUAUGAAUGGUGACUUUGAGGCGGCGGCAGACCGUGCCGAGGAGCCCAAGGCAAAGCGAUCUAGAUCCUCAAAGUCACACAGUGCCCCACAGAAAUCGAGGCGCUCCAAGUAA